AUGUGGAGGUAUGAAUAUGUUUUUUUCGGGAUAUUUUUUAGGCCUUUUUAUUAGUUUAUUUCUUUUAUAACUUAGUACUUUAAAAUACACAUUAUUUUAUUUUUUAGAUAUUAUCCAGCUGCAAAUAAUGAUCAUGGCUAUAUUACAACAAAAACUAAGGUAUGUGCGGAGUCUCGGGGUUGUCACGAACGAGGGUAUUUCGUAUAAAAAAUCCGGCAAUUCUACUUAGAAAUCAGGCAAUUCUACUUAAAAAUCAGGCAGAUCCUACCACGGAUAAUAAAAUAAAAUAAUUAAUUUUAUUAUCCAUGAUUCUACUAACGUAAAAGGUCGGACGUAAAAGGUCGGACAAUUUUGGGUCGGAACAGUGGUUGGAACUCGGAAAGUCGGAAUAAUAACCUUUCUCACACCCGAGCUCACGCUGCCAUUUUUGGGUGGCAUUUCAGCCGAAGUCUGCGAGAUAAGUCCACACAACAGCGAUUUUUUAUAAUUUUUUUGACAAAUGAUGGUAAAUUUGCUUUGUAAAUGGUUAGUUUAUUUUGAAAAAUUGCUUUUUACCUUGAUAUUGUUUUAAUUGUCUGCAUUGGUUAACGAGAAUUGGAUGCCACCCAAAAAUGGCGGAUAUUCGUCAUCGUGAGAAAGGUUAAUUGAACCUAUUUUUUCCUCCCGUACGCCUGGCCUCAGAGUAUGUCUCUACUCUGUGCCUAUGCUAAUUUUGGCUUGGCUAUGCCUAUGUGUACAGCCACAUAAAAGGUUAUGCCUGUGGUUAUGUAAUGCAUUGCUAGGUUCAAUUUAGAAACAGGUUAGCACUGAGUGAUUCAGUAUAAAUAAAGUUAGUUUAGUUUAGUUUCCUCCUGUAGUUGCACUGGAUGAUCCUUUGAACAGUAUGAUCCUUUGAGGUUGUACAAUACAUCUCACAAUUCUAUUUAUUUUCCACUAAGUUCAAAACUACUAUGUAAAUAACGAAUAUUAAUCCCCGUUUACACGAGCAAAUUUUGUUUGACAAAUUUCAUAUGUCAAGUAUAUUUUGCUCGUGUAGAUGAUAAAUUUGAGAGAAAUUUAUUGUGACAAAUGCAUCUGAACAAAAGCUAGCAUGCUAGCUUUUGAUCAAACGCAUUUGAUCAAAUGAAAUUUGUCAAAUAAAAUCUGCUCGUGUAAACGGGGCUUAAUAACAUAUUCUGACUGUGUAACUGCCUCAGUUCACCAUCCAGGGACGUAGCUAAGCAUCUGAAGUUGGGGGGUUGGUUUGUGUUGGAGGAUUUUACUGAAAUUUGAACUUCAAUGUUAAACAUUUACCUGAAGUGUAAUAAAUAUAAUAGAGCUUUUUCUGAUUGAUUUCCACUGUCAUACUAAGUUUCCGAAGAAAAAGUGGCCAGAAAAUGUUAACAUUUUUGAAGCUCAAUGGUUGCAUUUCUCAAGGACUGCAUUUCAGCAAAUUCGCAAACGAACUGGAUCUAAAUUGACUGUAUUUUACAAAAAUCAUUUCACAAAAAUAACGACCUUACCUGAAAAUUUCAAAAUUUAAAUUUUACCUGAUUUUUACCUGAGGUUCACAAAACACUCCCCACACACACCCCCGGUCGCUAGGUCCCUGUCACCUUCAUCUUCUGCACGAUAGUGCUUUAAUAAUUGUGUAUCUCAGUAUAAUUGCAUGCUUUUGUUCAUUCCAGUUUAUUCUGGAGUACACAGGGAGUGCUGAGUGGUCUUCGAACAGUUGGUAUUCAGAAGAACAUUGUCAUGUCGAAGAUCGAACAUCGCCAUCAGCUACUGUGAUUUGUUCAACCUCUGGUUACCAUCCUUUUGGCAUUCUUGACCAAACUUUGACUAAAUUGGUAACUACAGUUUUCAAUUACGUUUAUCGUGAGAGUAUUGAACCUUAUGACGAAAUUAUAUUUGUUACUGUAUUACUUCCAACAUCGCAAAAC